AUGGCGACUGGCAGCCACAUGCACAAUCUCACUACCCUUAUCAAGCGGUUGGAAGCUGCGACCUCCCGCCUGGAGGAUAUGGCGAUGUCUCUGGAUGAUCCUCAUUCGCCAAAGGCCGUGGGCACCACCGCUGCGCCAGAACCAGUGGCUACUGAGGCGCCUAAACCAGCUGCCCCUGCCGCCCCUGCCGCCCCUCCUCUGCCACCGCAGAUCCAAGACUUCGACACACUGAUCAACAAAGACGUCCAGAACUUCGUGGAUCUUGGGGAUAAUAUCGGAGGACUUGUUGCUGAACAGUCGAAAGCGGUCCUGCAGGCCUUCAAGGCGGAGCGGACCUAUCUUUAUGUCUCAACAAAGGCGAGGAAGCCAGAACCGCAGCCCCCAGAGCUCAUGACGGAGCUCCACAAUGCUUCCGAUAAUAUCAACAUGAUCCGCGAAUCCAACAGGCCGUCUCCCCUUUUCAAUCACCUUAGUGCAGUCGCUGAAGGUAUCGUUGCCCUGGGUUGGUUUUUCGAGAAAAAGCCCGCCGCUUUUGUCAGUGAGAUUGUCGGGGGCAUUGAGUACUAUGGUAACAAGGUUCUGAAGGAUUACAAAGACAAGGAUCGUACACAUAUCCAGUACAUCCAAGCUUAUUACCAAAUCUUUAAGUCACUUGCCGCAUAUCUAAAACAACACUAUCCAAAAGGGUUGACAUGGAAUGAUCAAAGCGGCAUCGAAGCGCACGAAGCUCUUAGGCAGGUUAAGGCCGGAUCUGGGUCUGGCCCUGGCUCCGGCAGCGCUGCUCCUCCUCCGCCCCCUCCUGUGCCGACAUUGAACGUACCCGGAGGAGUUCCUCCUCCUCCUCCUCCUCCUCCUCCACCGCCUGGUAUUGCUCCUGCUGCAGCUCCCUCGUCAGAUAUGUCUGCCGUCUUUGCCCAGCUUAACCAAGGAGAUGCGAUCACCUCGAGUCUUCGCAAGGUUGACAAGUCCGAGAUGACGCACAAAAAUCCCUCCCUCCGCGCUGGUUCAACCGUUCCUGAUGGCGCAGCCGGUCAGAGCAGUGUCUCUCGGUCGAAGUCACCAGCCCCAAGCAAGAAGCCUAAGCCCGAGAGCAUGCGCGCUCGCAAACCGCCUCGCAAGGAUCUCGAGGGAAACAAGUGGCUCGUCGAGAACUUCGACAAUCCAGGCGAAAUUGUUGAGAUCCCUGCGCAGCAAAACCAGUCUAUACUCAUCUCGCGGUGCAACAAGACCAUUGUCAAGGUGUCUAGCAAGGCAAACGCCAUCUCCAUCGACAACUGUACCGGGCUCUCCCUCAUCGUCGAUUCUCUCGUUAGCAGCCUGGAUGUUAUCAAAUCUCCCAAGUUCGCCCUCCAGAUCGACGGAGUGGUUCCCACUCUGCUGCUGGAUCAGGUGGAUGGUGCUGUGGUGUAUCUGGGCCAGCAGAGUCUCGGCACGGAGGUCUUCACCAGUAAAUGCUCCGCCAUUAAUGUCAUGCUUCCUCCGAAGGAAGGCACCGAUGAAGACACUAAGGAGUGCCCUCUUCCGGAACAGAUCAAGACGUACGUUAAGGACGGUGUCCUUGUGAGUGAAAUCGUCGAGCACGCCGGCUAG